AAAAUCGGAUCAUUUCGCUCGAAUCAACGAACGUGGCAUUCUCGUGACGGAACCCAGGGUAACUGGUAGGACGAAUUUGGCGUUUGUUCUGUGGCUAUCUACUGGUGUUUUCUGUUUGGAAAAGUUUCGGGCGAGGCGGCCUGCAGCGUGCGUACUCGGCUUUUUUUGAAGUCGGACUUCUCCGCGUCAUUGAACUGUCUGGUGCUAAGUUCGUCACCUGAGGAUUUCCCUAGGACUCACCUAUCCCUACGCUAAACAGGAAUGGCGCCUAAGGGAGCAGCCUACGGAUCGUCAUCUGCCGGCACAGGCAAUGUGUCUUACCAGGACAGGGAUAAGCCUGCCCAAGUUCGUCAAUCAAACAUUACGGCAUCAAAGGCUGUGUGCGAUGCUGUUCGUACAUCACUGGGCCCUCGUGGAAUGGAUAAAAUGAUUCAAGCUGUGUCUGGCGAUGUCACCAUCACAAACGAUGGUGCCACUAUUUUACAGCAGAUGCAGGUUCUCCACCCUGCGGCCAAGAUGCUUGUGGAAUUGUCAAAAGCGCAAGACAUCGAAGCCGGUGACGGUACAACGUCAGUUGUUGUCAUUGCGGGUUCACUAUUAGAUGCUGCCUCUAAACUACUCCUACGUGGCAUUCACCCAACAAUUAUUUCAGAAGCGUUUCAGGCGGCAGCCAAAGAGUGCGUGGAUAUCCUGUCGUGCAAAGAAACCGGGCUGGCCAUUCCAAUUGAACUGUCAGACCGUGAGAGCCUCCUGCAGAGUGCGACAACUUCAUUGUGCUCAAAGGUGGUCUCACAGCACAGUGACGUUUUGGCCCCGAUGGCGGUGGACGCUGUUUUGAAGGUAAUCGAUCCGGCAAAGGAUAAUAAUGUCGACCUGCGUGACAUUAAAAUCAUCAAAAAGUUGGGUGGUACCGUCGAGGACACUGAGCUGAUCGACGGACUUGUUUUUACUGAAAAAUUGGCUGGAGGUCCUAACUCUCCGCAUCGCGUCGAAAAAGCCAAGAUCGGUUUGAUACAGUUCUGCAUUUCACCGCCAAAGCCAAACAUGGACCAUCAGGUCAUUGUCAGUGAUUACACGGUUAUGGAUCGCGUCCUUCGGGAAGAACGUGCCUAUCUGUUAAAUAUAGUGAAAGUUGUUAAGAAGGCCGGCUGUAACGUUCUCCUCAUUCAGAAAUCUAUCCUUCGGGACGCCGUUUCCGACCUGGCUCUUCAUUUCCUCGCCAAAAUGAAAAUUAUGGUUAUUAAAGAUAUCGAGCGCGAUGAUAUUGAAUUCAUUAGCAAGUCUCUGGGUUGCCGACCGAUCGCUUCUCUUGACCACUUUGUGCCUGAAGCACUUGGCAGUGCCGAACUUGUCGAGGAAGUGACAACUGGGAGCGCAAAAUACGUCAAAGUAACAGGAGUGGCGAAUCCUGGCAAGACCGUGUCUCUCCUGUUGCGCGGCUCCAACAAGCUCGUUCUCGAAGAGGCAGACCGCUCGAUUCACGAUGCCCUAUGCGUAGUUCGUUGUUUAGUCAAGAAGCGUGCUCUUGUCCCCGGAGGUGGUGCACCAGAAAUCGAGCUAAGUCUGCGGCUAGCUGAGCGUGCACGCGAGAUCGAGGGUCUACAUUCGUAUUGCUAUCGAGCAUUCGCCGACGCGCUCGAAAUCAUCCCAUACACGUUAGCCGAAAAUGCUGGCCUUAAUCCCAUCCAAACAGUGACCGAGCUUCGAAAUCGACAUGCCCAGGACAAGCGAACUUAUGGCAUCAAUGUGCGUCGAGGCUGCGUAACCGACAUUCUUGAGGAGAACGUACUUCAGCCUCUGCUUGUGUCCACUUCGGCAAUCACUUUGGCCGCUGAAUGUGUGCGGUCGAUUCUCAAAAUCGAUGAUAUCGUGCAGACAGUCCGUUAGAAGGCUUUUACGAAAAUCAUAUCAUGAUGGUAUAAUCACAGAAGCAUGUCUCAAGAUAUUUCGGUGCCUUCGGUUUGUAGCAUAGUGACUGAUCGGAGGAGAUCAUUGUUUUUCGAUAGUAAAUCAUUAAAAUUAUUAAAAUCAUUAAAGAAAUUAGCUUCAUUCGGCUCAAGCAACUAUGAGCGCCCCUAGGCGUGCGAUUUGGAGGUUCACUAACUAAAGCCUUGCAUCUACAAUAAACACAAAAACGUCUUUAUAUUUACCUUGACAAUAGUAA